UUGUAAAUAUCAAGUUUCUUAUUUCUUUAGAUUAAUACAUGCAUGACUCUUAUUGUAUACGUUUUUUAGGUGCACAUGUGGAAAUUGUGGAAUAAUGCCAUCAGAGCCUGAGAACAUAUGCUGCCAGGAGGUGCAACAGGUUACAAGACGACUACAGCAGCUGGAGGAAAGGCCAACAUGUAUGGUGGAUCAUCCAGGUUUUGAACCUGUCUGCCUAAAUGUGUUCUCACUUCAGAAUGCAUGCAACAUUUACAGGGCUGACUACGGUCCGUUACGGCUACGUGGGAUAGAACAUCGUUACAGGUUUCUAGCCUAUAGAAGCUUUGUGAGCUGGUGCUGGGGCUUCCUUGGUUGGAAGAUAAGGGUAGUGAUCCCUUCAUGUGUGGUACUUCGGAUCCGACGGGAGUUUCCAGAUGCCCAGGGAACAUAUGGAGGCUUCAAACUACCACCUCUCAAUUGAAUCUGGAGACAUACGUGGCGAUGACUUCAUCCAUGUCUGGAUGCUCAUAUUGUGAUGACAGGUCCGGCGGGAUGUUUAUAUUCAGGAUCUCGUCUCUAUAUGAUGAUGGGUCGACAAAGACUUUCUCCAUGAUCAGGUCCAUCAAGUCAUCAGCAUACCCUGUGACACACACACACACGAACAUUACUACACUGUUCCACAACUGUUCAAAUUUUGACAUUUUGCAGUGUAUUUUCUCAGGUAUUGAACGUUGUAAUAUUGUGUGCAUUUUCAUGUUC